GUGUGCUGAAAACUGGCGACGUCAUCUCUGGAGCAGGGCUGAUCAUGUCGUUGGCCUUCUCAGGCUUGGUCGUCUCGGACAAGAUCUUCUUCCAGCAGUUCGGCGUUCUCAUCAUCACGUCGGUGCUGCUGGACACGUUCGUUGUGCGAACCGUCUUGGUGCCCGCGCUGAUGCUUACGGCGCAGGAAUGGAACUGGUGGCCGCGCACCAUGCCGUCUGCCAUCCACGAUGUACUCGAGG